AAAGAUGAUUGAAACCAACCCUAAGCUCUUAUAAUCUUCGCUCUAUUGGUAGCCCCGAUUAUUGCUGACUUAAGCAUCGGAGUGUCUACCCCGAGAUCCAUCUCGAGGCUUUGCAGGUUAAUCCGGAGUGCUAAUACGAAGUGAAGAAGAACAUCUGGUUUGGUGCAGUUACAUUUUGGCGCCGUCUGUGGGAAUUCGCACAAAAAGCUCCCUUGUUGCUCUCAUCAUGGUUCAAACUAGGUCGGUCCGAGGUGGAAACUCAUCUCAGCCUCUUGGACGAGGUCAGGCCCCCAGCAACCUUCCACCUCAUCCCCCACCCCCAAUCCCGAAUACACUCCCUCGUGUUGAUCAUACCGAAGGAGGAGAUGAAAAUCAACCACACAAUUCGGUUCACAACUCAGCCUCAAUUGCCAACCAAGACGUGGUUGCAGCGCAGCUCACGGCCAUGCAACAACAGUUUGGUGUCUUUCAGAUAGUGCUGGCUCAGUUAUUAGCUCGGAACAAUCCUGCUGAUCCACUCAUCAACCUACUCAAUCCUGCUCCACAACCCCCAGCUCCACAACAAAAUCCCGAACCAGUUCAACAUGCUCCUGCUAUCAGCGAGUCCCAGGGCCAAUCUCACAUCGCACCAGUUCAGCAACCUCUUCAUGAUGAUGUUCCUCGACGUCUAGACAGCUUGGAAAAGCUAGUGGCUGAACAGCGAGGUGCCCCACCUCCACAUCAUGCUGUUGACUCCAUACCCCACCCUCUGAACACGAACAUCACACUAGAACCCUACCCUGCUGGUUUCAGAAUACCUCAGCUUGAGACUUAUGAUGGGACAAAAGAUCCCGAUGAUCACCUGCAUGCUUUCUACUCUUGCAUGCAGGCCCAGAAUGCCUCUGAUGCAUUGAUGUGCAAAAUAUUUCCUUUUACUCUCCGGGGUAAUGCUCGCACCUGGUAUUACAGUCUUCCCCCGAAGUCAAUCAGCUCCUAUACAGAACUAGCAUCUGCUUUUGCCACAAAGUUUUCCAGUAGAAGGUUGAUCAGGAAAACCACUUCCGAGCUGAUGCGAGUUAGGCAGAGGGACGGCGAGUCUUUGAAGAACUUUAUGAGCAGAUUCAAUGAUGCAGUACUGGAGGUUAACUCCUUCGACCAGGCUGUGGGCAUUACGGCUGUGAUCUCAGGUCUUGGCCAUGAGAGAUUCAGAGAUAGUCUGCUUAAACAUCCUGCCACCACCUUCAGCGAGGUAAAUGAUAGAUCACUGAAAUUCAUCACUGCUGAGGAAUAUGCCCUGUCGCAGAACUCAACUCCUAUUAAGAACCAGCGUCCGGACUGGAGAGAUGAGAAUCCGAACAGGAAACGAAUGAAGCCAACACGGAACCGAGGUACGAUGUCGGCUUCCACCCCGAGCUUCGGAAGGCCGAACUCCGCACCUCCGCAACAACCUGCAGGUAAACCUCCAGUUAAUUGGACUCCUUUUAAUUUACCGAGGUCACAAAUAUUUAUGCAGAUUAAGAAUAAAAUGGACUUAAGACGUCUGGGUCCAAUGAGAACUGCUGCUGCUACCAGAGAUCAUACUCGGUAUUGUGAUUUUCAUCAAGAUCACGGUCAUACAACAGAGCAGUGCAACAGUCUGAGGUCCGAACUGGAAAGUCUGGCUCAGAAGGGAAUGUUAAAUGAAUACAUCCAGAGAGUUGAACAGCCACGGUUUGUCAGGGAACAAGGGACACAGCAUCAAGGAGUCCGCAAUCCACCAAACAGGCAAGGCGUGGGAUAUCAGCAGGCCCCACCCCCACUCCCACCACCAGCUAGAGUCAUACACAUGAUUACGGGAGGUCUGGAAGCCGGUGGACUGAGCUCUAAGCAGCGAAAGCUGUAUGUCAGAGAGGUUAAGCACCAGAACCGGGCUCAGAAGCGAAAAUUUGACGAUGCUGAGUGGAAGAAUCAACCAAUCACUUUCACAUCUGCUGAUCUCGAAACAGUCACUACACCUCACAAUGAUCCUCUAGUCACUUCUGUCACAAUCAACAAUUGUGAAGUGCAGCGUGUCCUUGUUGACACUGGGAGUGCACCAGACAUCAUGUAUUUCCAUUGUUUUGAGAGUCUUGGGUUAGAUCCAGCUCUGUUGCAACGGUAUGAUGGUCCCAUCUACGGGUUCAACAACCAACCAGUUCCAGUUGAAGGAGUCCUCACCAUGAAUGUUGCAUUUGGAAGUGGCCGCAGUUAUGUGACCCCUUCAGUCAAGUUUCUGGUAGUCAAGAUGGCGUCCUCAUUCAAUGUCGUCAUUGGUCGACCCACACUAACUGAAAUCCGAGCUGUGGUUUCCCAAUCUCAUCUAUGCAUGAAGUUCCCAACUCCUACGGGAAUAGCAACGCUGCGAGGGAACCAGGAGGUGGCCCGACAUUGCUAUAUCACCUCGGUAACACAACCUCAGAAGGGCAAGGCUCAGACACCCGAGAUUAAUCACAAACAGAUUCCUGAUGAUCGGCAAGUUAUGGGUGUUGAAAUAGUGGAUAACCGACCAGAAGAUGAAACCAGAGCUGCUACAGUUAAAGAUGUGGAGGAGGUACAGAUUGAUGACAGAGAUCCGAGCCGGAAAACGCAAAUUGGGACUAAAUUGAACCCGGAGGAAAGAGCAGAGCUGAUAGCUUUUCUUCGGGCCAAUAAAGAUGUUUUUGCAUGGACUUCAGCAGAUAUGCCAGGAAUUCCCACGUCAGUUUUUCAACAUAAACUCAGCACCAAUCCCCUCAAGAAACCAGUAGCCCAGAAGCGACGCCUCUUUGGGGGAGAGAGGUUACAGGUCAUUAAAGAAGAAGUUGAGAAACUCCUACAAGCUGGUUUUGUCAGAAGGGUAGAUUAUUGUGAGUGGGUCGCCAAUCCGGACUGUUAUCCAAUGCCAAACAUUGAUAAGCUGGUUAAGGCAGCUUCGGGAAAUGAGAGAUUAAGUCUCUUAGAUGCAUACUCAGGCUACCACCAGGUCCCAAUGGCUUCUGAGGAUGAAGAAAAAACCUCGUUCUAUGCUGGCGAUGAGAUCUAUUGCUACGUAAUGAUGCCCUUCGGCUUGAAGAACGCAGGUGCCACUUACCAGAAGAUGGUUACCAUCGUAUUCCGAGCUCAGAUAGGACGGAAUCUGGAAGUCUAUGUUGAUGAUAUAGUGGUAAAGAGUUUGAAAGCUGACGAUCACUUAACUGACCUUGAGGAGACAUUCAACAAUCUCAGACAGAAUAAAAUGAGGUUAAACCCAGCCAAAUGCAUCUUUGGUGUGGAGUCCGGGAAAUUCCUGGGUUUUAUGGUUUCCCGGAGAGGGAUUGAGGUCAACCCAGAGAAGAUCAGAGCAAUUGCAGAGAUGGAACCGCCAAAGUCAGUAAAGGACAUACAGAGGUUGACUGGAAGGGUAGCAGCUCUUCAUCGGUUCAUAUCGAAAUCAGCAGAUAAGUGCCUACCGUUUUUCAAGAUUAUGCGGUCAGCUGCCCAGAAGGAUGAAUCGGGUAAACAGAAGAAGUUUGAGUGGACUCAGGAGUGCCAAGCCACAUUCGACGAGCUGAAGUCUUAUCUUAGCUCACCACCUCUACUGACAAAAGCUAAAGAUGGAGAAAUCCUCUAUUUAUACCUGGGGAUUUCAGAUGAAGCCAUUAGUUCGGUUCUGGUAAGAGAAGAAGCCAAGCAGCAAAAACCAAUAUAUUAUAUCAGCAGUGUGCUGCAUGGAGCAGAGCUGAGGUAUCCUAUAGCUGAGAAAGCAGCUUUAGCAGUUGUCACUUCGGCCAAAAAGUUGAGGCCAUAUUUCCAGUCACACCCGAUCAUUAUUCUUACAGACCAACCACUUCGGCAGAUUCUGCAAAAGCCUGAGUGUUCUGGACGAUUAAUUAAGUGGGCAGUGGAACUGGGAGAGUUUGAGAUAACAUUUCAGCAGAGAUCUGCAAUCCGAGCUCAGGCAUUGGCAGAUUUUAUUGUAGAAUGCACUCUAGGUAAUUCCAUUCCUACUUCGGAGCCCAAUGACUGGACCUUGUAUGUUGAUGGGGCAUCUAGUAGCAAAGGUUCAGGAGCUGGUGCUCUCUUAAUCGGCCCAGAUGGAUAUCAAAGCGAACAUGCUUUGAAAUUUAACUUCGAUGCAACAAACAACAUGGCCGACUUUGGUGGCCGAGCUAAAGUGCAAAUUCCAGAAAUUCUGUUUGACAAAAUCCCCCGGACUGAGAACGAACAGGCAGAUUCACUCUCUAAAUUCGCCUCUGAUAGUUCUUCACAUUCCAGAUCAGUUUUUGUGGAGGUCUUAGAUGAACCAAGCUUCAUGAAGUCACGGGUGUUGGCGAUCAACACCGACCCAGGCACACCGAGCUGGACGGACCCAAUCCUCUCCUUCUUGCGAGAUGGGAUAGUACCUGAGGACAGGCAGGAGGCAAUGAAGUUGAGGAGGAAGGCAUCUCGGUAUACACUUGUUGAUGGGGUCCUCUAUAAGCGAUCUUUCUCUCUACCUCUUUUACGGUGCUUGAAUCCCUAUGAAGCAGAAUACGCACUCAGGGAGGUGCAUGAAGGUGUCUGCGGAAGUCACGUGGGUGCUCGAACUUUGGCUCAUAAAGUCCUUAGACAGGGUUAUUAUUGGCCUAACAUGUACAAGGAUGCCACUCACUUUGUUCAGAGAUGCUUGAAAUGCCAGUUCUUUGCACACCUGACUCACCAGCCUGCAGAAGAGCUCACUACUCUGGUGGCACCAUGGCCAUUUGCUCAGUGGGGGUUGGAUCUUUUGGGCCCAUUCAUGAAGGGGGUUGGUGGUGUAACCCAUCUGAUUGUCGGUGUAGAUUAUUUCACAAAGUGGGUUGAAGCUCGGCCAUUAUCCAGUCUUACUUCCAAGAAGGUUGAAGACUUUGUUUUCAGCUCAAUCAUCUGCAGAUAUGGGAUCCCGAAUCAGAUUGUGGUCGAUAAUGGAACUCAAUUUAACUGCACCUCUUUUCGAGACUUCUGUUCCAGCUACGGGAUUAAACUACAAUUCACCUCGGUUUACCAUCCGGAGUCCAACGGCAUGGUCGAAUCUGUUAACAAGUGUAUCCAAGAAGGGAUAAAGCCGAGGCUGGAACAACACAAGGCCAAAUGGGCAGACGAGCUCAACAACGUCCUCUGGGCAUAUAGAACUACGAGUCGAACUGCCACAGGUGAAACACCCUAUCAUCUGGCCUUUGGUACCAAAGCAGUCAUUCCUAUCGAGAUAGGAGUUCCAAGCUUCAGAGUCACCCAUUUCGAUGAAGGACGAAAUGGCCAACUGCUUCGGGAGAACCUUGAUUUGCUUGAUGACGUUAGAGAAGAAGCACGACUUCGAACUCUAGUCUACAAGAAAGCUGGUCUGACGGGGUUCGAAACUCGAUUCGGCAAGUUGGCACCAAACUGGGAAGGUCCCUACACUGUUGCCGAAGUGCCGCACCCAGGUGCUUAUAUCCUACGGGACACUGAAGGCAAACGGGUUCCCAGAGUCUGGAAUGUCAAUAACUUGAAGAAGUUUUACCCUUAAGCAUACUUCAUUUAAGUGAACUUUGUUUUAAUAGUUCCUGCUUUCACUCCUAUUGCUCAAUUUAUAGUGUAUUUUAACUCAAUUCUUUAAUAAGUUUCACUUCGCGUC